GGCUCGGUUUGAAGAGAUGCGGGAAAAACUACAACAACAAGAAGAGCAACGGCUUGCUUCCUCUGUAGGAGCAGUUUAUAAUCCCACCAGGAAAUCCUCCACCACAGUACUAGAACUAGAUGAAGUAGAUGUUGCAGGAGACCACGAGUCAGGGUCUGGUCCGCCCAGAUCCCCGACAGAUGAUAUGUUCCCUUCCGGGACGACGAGUUUGUCUCUUUCCUCUUUUGCGCCGUUCGCCGAACACCUGACGGGCAACGCUGCUCCCGAGGAGCCGACGGCCCAGCGGCGGACGGUGGAUGCAGCAUUGCAUGCCAUCAUCGGAAGGUUCCUGCCAACGAACCUGAACUUCGCCAAAAACGGUUUCUAUAACGAAUGUGACGAGUUGGUGGACGUCGACGAGACUGAACAAGAGCGACAUGAUGAAGAACAACGCUCAGCACAGUUCGGAAAAACUCCUACUCGAAUGAAUUGGAGCCGCAAGACGACACGGCGGGGAAAGAAAACCAAGUUCAGCAGCAACGGGCUCGUGGAUUUGGAUACCGCGUUCCAGCUGUCGCAAGUGUCCCGAGACGUUUUGUUCACGAGAAAGGAGCA